AUGCGACUCAAUUCACAAGUUGAACUCGAUGUGACAUCCUUGCGAGUGGCGAAAAUCAGCACUGCAAACCCCAACUUCGCUCAAGAAGUUGAAGCCUGGAAAUCUGGCCAUGUGGGCCAAAGGGUGCCCAAGUACUUCUUGCUUUACAUACGGAUUGCUGGUGCCAGUCAGAGGGGAUUGUCGAAGCUGUGCAUUGCUAAGUUGCCUUAUGUGUUGGUGGCUCCAAAAGCGAAGCCACCGGUGGAGUCGAAACAAGAUGUGCAGGCUUCGAGAUUGCUCGCUCGCAUCAACGCUGGCACCACAUGCUACACCGAUGGCAACCGGUCUUGGAAAGCUGUCGCCAAGGAUGUCAAGAAGCAGAUUUUGGUGAAAUCCGUCAGCCACCGAAAUGCGCAAUUCACGAACAACCUCAAGGGCCCCAAGCGCAAGGGCGCUUCUGCUAUCGGUGGGACUCAGCAAUUAGAUCGAUGCUGGCACCACUUGAAGCGCUUCGUUGCUUGCAACCUCAAGACGAAGGUCAAGAGCCAGAUCAAUGCUGCUAUCUUGGACAAAGCGUUCCAGUUUGUGUGGAGGUACAAUGCCUCCACGCAAGAUGCCACGGAAAGACUGGCGUCCUUGUAA